AUGACUACUACACUAUCCGUUUACCGACAUCCUCCGCGACGACGCCCGCGCAAAACUUGGCUCCAACGCCGGUUCCUCCUCUUCGAAGUCACGUUCGGCCUUUAUAUGAUGUCAACAGCCGAAAAGCUGGCAUUCUACACAUUUCUAUUCCUGUUUCUUGGCUUCCUAACUGCAGCGGUCACAUUGUACCUCCCACAACAUCUUCAAACCGUUGCCCGGAGGUUAUUAUUUUACAUCUUUGGUGACCGUGGUGUCAUCCGGAAUCAGGAUGUAUUGGAGUAUAGUUCUGUUUUUACUGAAGGAGUGGGAGUUAGUAGGAAUGCUGCUAUGGAUACGCCACCCGGGUUUUCGAUAGGACGUGGGGAGGCUAUGACCUCUAUGGGCUAUUAA